AUGACAUGGCUCGGUGCAUUGGUCGGAAUGCAACCACGUCGUGUAAGUGACCGCUUUGCAUUGCCCAAGCCAACGUGGAAGCAAAGAGUGCAGCACUACGCACCAAUUUUCCGCUGGCUUCCAAAUUACAGCAUCAAACGCGACCUGAAAUUCGAUCUGGUAGCUGGAAUCACUGUAGCUAUGAUGCUUAUUCCUCAAGAGGUGUCACUUUCCACUAUCAUGCACGUACCAGCUCAUCAUGGACUCUACACAGCGGCUACAUCUCCAUUGGUGUACGCCAUCUUCGGCUCCAGUACGGUACUGUCAGUGGCCAGUGGCUCUGAAGUGUCACUUCUAGUAGGCUCGACCCUUGAAAACAUUGAAGACCAGGAUGAACGCACAACCACCGGUAUCCUUAUGGCCUUUCUUAGUGGCUGUAUUUUGCUGUUGGUCCGAAUCUUAAACCUUAGUCAGAUUGCCGAUUUCUUCUCCCGUCCAGUAAUGGGCGGCUUUAUCUCGGCCGGUGGGCUGCUCAUUAUGCUCUCGCAAGUCCCUAAUGCUCUUGGUAUUAAGGUCAAGUCGUCAGAGUAUCCCCCUAUGAAAGUGAACGAGGUGUUUAAAAACAUCGAUAACAUCAACUUCAAUGCCUUCGCAGUCGCUACACUGUCUUGUCUCUACUUGAUCGGUAUCAAGAUGAUCAAAAGGCACUUCUUUCCGUCCCCCGUGCUCAUGCAGCUUUUUGAAAGUGAUACGCCACGGACAAAGGAACACGGCAAAGUUGAAGAGGAAGAACGUUUCGUGCCGCCUGUGACCAAUCCAGGUCAUGGAUUUUCACUCACUGACCAGCAGUACACGGCGUACCAGGCACAGCACACUCCUCAGGAGGAACAAGGGUCGCUGAUCGAUGCUCGAAAAAAAGCUUGGCUUACGGUGGAGCAACCCAAGUCCCAGGGAGUUUUACUAGGCAUUUUCCUCAUGCGCACGAUAUGCGACCUCGGCCCGUUGGUGGUUUGCAUCUUCGGUGGCAUUGUCGGCUAUGUGCUGGGACCCUCGCACUUGAAGUUGACGGGUAAUAUUCCUGGUGGCUUCCCUGAGCCGAGGGUACCAUGGUACGGCUUUAACUCUAACUUGAUCGACAGUGACCGCUUCGGCACGAUCUUCUACCACGCAGCUACGGUGUCGAUCGUUGUGUUCCUGUCAAGUAUUGCUAUGGCCAAACGCUUGGCUAUUCAGCGUGGAGAAGACAUUAACACGGAGCAGGAGCUGACUGGUAUUGGUAUUGCCAGCGUCGUCUGCGGGUUUUUUCAAGCCAUGCCCCCUACGGGCGGUAUGUCUCGCACAGCAGUGAACCUACAGAACGCUCACACGCAGCUGGCAUCGAUCGUCACGUGCCUGAUCGUGGUGAUGGCUUUGUACACAUUGACAGGUACGCUGUACUACCUGCCGAGCGCGACUCUGGCAUCGAUUAUUAUCGUGGCUGGCUGGACUUUGGUCGAGUUCCAUGAGGCCAAGUGGCUGUUCCGAGUGAAGCGCGACGAGUUUUUCGUGUGGACGGCGUCGUUCGUUAUGACCCUGGGUUUGGGUGUGCUAAACGGUUUGAUUGCUUCCAUCGUUUGCUCCGUCCUCGCUCUCAUGUGGAAGUCCAAGGUGCAGCCGGUUGCCAUAUUGGGUGAACUGGACAAUGGCAGCUACGUCGACCGUGAGAGAUUCCCAGAGGCGAACCAUUUAGGCGAUAUCAUUGCCAUCCGUGUGGAAAAUUCGCUAUACUUUGCCAACUGUGAGCGUGUGGCACAGUUUAUCGACCGUGAGAUGGUUCGCCUGCAAAUGCUAGGUAUCACCACUCGGGGUGUUAUAUUAGACACGUUCCACAUGAACGACAUGGAUGCCACAACGAUUCAGGUGUUGUCUGACAUUCAGGAGAAGCUGGCGGUACGCAAGGUGCGCUUUGCCGUCGCGAACGCCAAGAGCCGCUUGUACGACAUGUUGGCAGCCACGAACCUGCUCAAGCGAAUUCUGGCGAAUGACCCAACCAUUUCAUUAGAGGAUGCUGUGCGCAUGCUGCGCGAAUUGCCACCUCUUGCAAACACGUCGAGGUCAUCAGGGUCAGGUACCCCGGUAUAA